UCUCCACUACCUCUCUACCUCUACAUGGUCAUAAUAAAUAAUAUCUAAUACUCAAAAUGUCCGCCCCAAACUCCAACCUCCGCGCCUUCAACCUCGCCGUGACGACGCUCCUCAAAACACCCUCGCAAUUCCUCCCGCACCUCACCAUCCCGACCAUCACGCACCUCCCCGAACAAAUCGGCCCAGCUCUCUCCGCCACCUACCCCAGUCCCAGUCCCAGUCCCAGCUCCUCUUCCUCCUCAGAAACGGAAAAGAAACCAAUCCAAAUCCGAGCCCUCAUCCUCGACAAAGACAACACGCUCUGCGCCGCCAAAACAACGACCUUCCCACCGCUCAUCCUCUCGAAACUGCACGCCCUCCGCACCUCCCCCACCUCGCCGUUCAACAUGGCCACAGCGCCGGAUUCGAUCCUGGUGGUUUCGAACCGCGCGGGCUCGCACGCGCGCUACGACGCGGAGAUCGAGGAGCUGGAGAACAACGGGCUCUCGGGGCUGCAGAUCCCGGUGUUCAGGCUGCCGACGGGGAGCGCGAAGAAGCCGUUCUGCGGGGCGGAGGUGCUGAGCUGGUUUACGGAGAGGGGGGUGGUGAAGGGGCCGGAGGAGAUAGCGGUAGUGGGGGACCGGUUGGGGACGGAUGUGUUGAUGGCGACGCAGAUGGGGGCGUGGAGUGUUUGGUGUCGCGACGGAGUGACGGAGGGGGUGGAUCCGCGGCGAGGGAGGGAGGAUCGGAAUGUGUUGGAGAAGAUGGAGGCGUGGGUGGAGAGGUAUCUGCGCGAGUCGAGAGGGUUGAAGGCGCCGGCGCCGAAGGGGUGGCAGGGUUAGUGAUGGGCUGGCGUCAAGUGAGAUGGAUGAGAUGUUUUACCGUGAUACCCCUGUAGACUAAGACGUGUAAUAUAGAAAUCCUACGACUACAUGGACAGCUUGAGAUCAUAAUCUG